UUAUCGUAUGGGUGUAGUAGCCAUCGAUCAUUAACCUUAACUCCUCGUGCGGUAAACAGCUUCUUAGAGACUUGUUAAGUGCAUUGCUCCGCCCUAUCUAUUCUCAUCUACUACGAAGAUCCCAAACCCCGUUUCGGGCAGUCGCAAAACUCGCGCGUACGACUCACUCCCCAGCUUCACACUCCCUCUUCUUCUCGAAUUCAUUCAGGUUCCAAUUCAAAUUCACGAAUUCAGUGGUAACUAUUCGCAAGUGAUGGGGAGGAAAAAAAGUAAACCUCAUCGAUCAGGGGGGUUAAUAGUUGAAACAAAUUCUACUGCUGAAGCAGAAUUGGAUAAGCAGAAUGUUGAAGGGACAAAUAAAGGAGGAAAUGAUGAUUUUGUUGAAGUUGAUAUACCCUAUUUUGUUGAAGUUGAUCGGUCUGGUUGGUUGUCAGGUGAGCACCUUGAUGUUUCUGAGGUUGUCUUGAGGGAUUUAAAUUUGAGAGAAGGGUUUUCUGGUUUUGAACUGUGUGAGGAUUUUUACCAGGAUCCACGGUACUUGUUGAGAUUUCGAGUGUCUAAUGUCAAUAAUGUUCUUAGUCGAAUCAAGUUAGGUCAUUGGCCCGUGUUACCCUAUACUGAUAUUCAUCUAGAGUUUGUGAAAAGGGAUGCAAUAGACAAUUUGGAACAAUGUACCGUGCUGUUGUCUGGGAUUUUUGAUGGACCGGAUGAAGGUGUUUCUGGCCUUGUUCACUUGGCAAGUUUGAAAUUUUUCACAUUGAGGCCAGUUCUUGGGAUUAGGAUUUCGGAAGAUAUUUCUUCUCUCAGGGUAAGAGUUGAAAUACUAAAGUGUGCCUUUGAUGCUUGUGAGUCACUUCUUGAUGUGUCUAGGCAACUAUGGAAAAGGAGUAUGAUGAAUGUCAUGUCUUGGCUACGUCCAGAAAUAGUAACUUCAGAAGUUAGGUAUGGAUUUGGUAGCUGUAUGAAAAUGGAAGUUGAUCCACAGGCAGAGACCGGAAAUAACACAUCCAGCAACAGAAAACACACAAGAUUUGAUCCUGCUGGUUUUUAUGAAGCCAUUAAGCCUUCAAAAUCUGAGCCAAUGCUUGAAGAUGACAUACCUGAGUUACUUCCUGAACUGAGGCCUUAUCAACGACGUGCAGCUUUCUGGAUGGUUGAACGGGAGAAACAAAUGGAAGAAAGUCAGCGUGAAAGAGAAAGAAUUCAGUUUCAUUCUCCAUUAUGCAUGCAUUUGGAUUUUCUGGAUACAAGUACUAAAAUGUUUUUCAAUCCAUUCAGUGGGAAUAUUUCUUUGUGCCCGGAGACAUCUUCGCCUUAUGUAUUUGGAGGCAUUCUUGCUGAUGAGAUGGGCUUGGGAAAAACUGUUGAAUUACUUGCUUGCAUCUUUGCUCACCGGAGAUCAGCAUCUGAAAGUGAUAUACUAGUUGAACCAGUGCCUCAAGUUAAUGAAGACCAAAAUGUCACUUUAAAAAGACUCAAAAGGGAGCGUGUGGAGUGUAUCUGUGGAUCUGUGAGUGAAAGUCUCAAAUAUGAAGGACUAUGGGUUCAAUGUGACAUUUGUGAUGCUUGGCAGCAUGCUGAUUGUGUUGGUUAUUCAGCUAGAGGAAAAUCACUGAAAUCAAGACAUGGAUGUGAAGGCAAGACAUAUAAAACCACAAUAGCUGUAAGGGAUGGUGAAUAUGUAUGUCAGAUGUGCUCUGAACUAAUACAAGUGACUGAAUCUCCCAUUGCAUCGGGUGCCACUCUUAUUGUCUGCCCAGCUCCUAUUUUGCCCCAGUGGCAUAAUGAAAUUAUACGGUACACUAAUCCCUUAUCUCUGUUUGUGUGUUAUAUGUUAUACGUCUGGGGGGUUUCUGGUCUCUCUCCAUUUUAUGAAGGCGUGCGGGAGACUUCUUUAUCCAACACAUCUAUAAUGGAUAUCAGUGAACUCGCCACUGCUGACAUUGUGUUAACUACAUAUGAUGUGCUUAAAGAGGAUUUAUCCCAUGAUUCUGAUAGACAUGAAGGUGAUCGACACUUUUUGAGAUUUCAAAAGAGGUACCCAGUUGUCCCAACUCUUCUCACCAGGAUAUAUUGGUGGAGGGUUUGUUUGGACGAGGCUCAAAUGGUGGAAAGUAAUACUGCUGCUGCCACUGAAAUGGCUCUAAGACUCCAUUCUAAGCAUCAUUGGUGCAUAACAGGAACCCCAAUUCAGCGCAAGCUUGAUGAUUUAUAUGGGCUGCUAAGGUUUCUUAAAGCUAGCCCUUUCAAUACAUACAAGUGGUGGACUGAAGUUAUUCAAGAUCCUUAUGAGAAGGGAGAUAUGGGAGCUAUGGAAUUUACACACAGAGUUUUCAAACAAAUCAUGUGGCGUUCUUCUAAAGAACAUGUUGCAGAUGAAUUGGACCUUCCUUCUCAGGAGGAGUGUCUCUCUUGGCUUACACUCUCACCAGUAGAAGAGCACUUUUAUCAGAGGCAACAUGAAACCUGUGUCAUAGAUGCCCACGAAGUUAUUGAAAGUUUGAGAAAUGAUAUCCUUAAUAGAAAAGGCCCAGGUUCUGCAUCUUUAAAUAGUUUGUCAGAUUCUUUAAUCACUCACUCAGAGGCAGGGAAGCUACUGAAUGCUCUGCUGAAACUUCGUCAGGCUUGUUGUCACCCGCAAGUUGGGAGUUCUGGUCUGCGGUCCCUCCAGCAGUCACCUAUGACCAUGGAGGAAAUACUAAUGGUUCUUAUAAGCAAGACUAAGGUAGAAGGUGAGGAAGCUCUUAGAAGGUUAGUUGUUGCUCUGAACGGGCUUGCAGCAAUAGCAACAAUACAAAACGAAUUAUCUCAAGCUGCAUUGCUGUACCACGAAGCUCUGACGUUGGCUGAAGAGCAUUCUGAGGAUUUCCGCUUGGAUCCUUUGUUGAAUAUCCACGUUCAUCAUAAUCUUGCCGAAAUGCUCCCACAGGCUGCAGACCUUGCCCUGAGAGUGUCCUCUAAAGAAAAGCAGUUCUCUCGAACAUCCAGAAAGCAUUUUAUUGACAAGGUUGAUCAUUGUCUUUUGAAGAGGCAAAAAGUAAGUGGCUGUGAUGACACAAAAUUUUCGGCGGCUUCGGUAGAACUAUCCAAUUCUGCAUCCAGCCUUUCAGAAGAUGACUUAAAUGAGAAUCAGGAUGUUGAUGAUGUAGCUGUCUGCACUGUCGAAUCUCUGAAAGCAGAAUGUGAAUAUUUGAAGCAGAAAUACUUAUCCGUGUUCAGUACAAAGCUAUGUGCAGCUGAACAGGAGUUUCAAAACUCAUACAUGCAGGUUAGUAAUGGAUUUAGUGACAGCAAAGCAGAUCAAAAAAUGUUUUGGUGGCUAGAAGCACUUCAUCAUGCUGAACAGAACAAGGAUUUCUCAGCCGAGUUGUCUAGAAAGAUUGAAGAAGCGAUCUCAGCAGCUGCAAAUAGUUCAAAGUCAUCAAAAAUAGCUGCUCGUUUUCGGAGCAUAUCAUCUCUGAAGUAUCAAAUUCAGACAGGCUUGGAUCAGUUAGAGACCUCUCGGAAAGGUCUAUUAGAUCGACUGCUAGAAAUUGACCAAACAAUGGAAAAACCAAAUGAAGAAGAUAUUGACCGUAUGGGUAAAUGUCAAACUUGCCAACCUAAUUGUGAUGGUCCCCCAUGCAUUCUGUGUGAACUAGAUGAACUCUUCCAGGAUUAUGAAGCAAGACUAUUUGUUCUUAAGAAUGAACGUGGCGGAAUAAUUUCAUCCGCUGAGGAGGCAGUAGAUCUUCAGAAGAAGAAUUUCGCAUUGAAUCAUUUCCUCUCAAAGCUAUCAAAAUCUAAUCACAGAGCAACAGCAUCUCAAAUUGAUAAUGAAGAAUCAAAGAAAAGGAAUGUUGGACAGAGAGUUGUGGUUUCAAGAUCAGCAUCUGAAUUGGAGCUUAUUCUCGGUGUUAUAAAGAACUAUUGCAAGGGUCGAUUGGGAAGGGACAUUGUCACAGCAGCAACCAAGCAUUUACAUGUUUUUGAGGGAAUGAGGAAGGAGUUUGGCUAUGCGAGAUCUUUAGCUCUAGCUCAAGCUCAGUACCUACGGGCCCAUGAUGAAAUAAAGAUGGCUGUUUCCCGUUUGCACUUAAGGGCAAAUGAGGAUGAUAAAUCUCUUGAUGCUUUAGGUGAAGAUGAGCUAUUUGCAGCUAGCUCAAGCUUUUCGCAUGAUAAGUUUAUGUCGUUGAACAUGUUGUCACAGAUAAAAGGAAAGCUCCGCUACUUAAAGGGUUUGGUAGAAUCUAAGCAAAAGCUGCCAUUGGGAAGUCCAGAUAGUUCUUCAUUAACUCAAGAGAUAACUGCAUUGCCAAACUCUACAGAAGAGAGGGGUGCAGUCAUAUUUAAAGCUGAUGAAGAAACAUGUCCAAUUUGCCAAGAAAAGCUUGGCAGUCAGAAAAUGGUAUUUCAAUGUGGGCAUGUUACGUGCUGCAAAUGUUUAUUUGCUAUGACUGAGAAUAGGCUUCAACAUAGCAAGAUUCACAAUUGGGUUAUGUGCCCAACAUGUCGACAGCAUACAGAUUUUGGAAGCAUUGCUUAUGCUGUUGAUGCACAGAAGGAAUCUUCUAAUUCUGUAACACCUAAUACACUUGACAACUGUGAAAAAAGUGAAGCAUCCAUUACUGUCAAAGGCUCAUAUGGAACUAAGAUUGAAGCUAUCACUAGAAGAAUCUUGUGGGUAAAGGCUACAGAUCAAAAAGCAAAAGUUCUUGUGUUUUCUAGUUGGAAUGACGUACUUGAUGUAUUGGAGCAUGCCUUUGCUGCAAAUGACAUUACAUUCAUCCGCAUGAAAGGAGGCAGGAAAGCACAAGUUGCUAUCAGUCAAUUUAGAGGACACGAGAGUGGCAAGAAAGGUGAGAGGCCAGUGUCAAAAUCUAUUCAGGUGUUAUUGCUUUUAAUCCAACAUGGAGCCAAUGGCCUCAAUCUCUUGGAAGCACAGCAUGUGGUCCUUGUAGAGCCAUUACUCAAUCCGGCUGCUGAAGCACAAGCGAUCAGUCGUGUACAUCGUAUCGGCCAAAAGAACAAGACCCUCAUUCAUCGUUUCAUUGUCAAAGACACUGUAGAAGAGAGCAUAUACAAGCUAAACAGAGGCAGGAGCAAUCAUUCAUUCAUUAGUGGGAACACAAAAAAUCAAGAUCAACCUGUUUUGACUCUGAAGGAUGUGGAAUCCUUACUAUCAAGAGCCCCACUAAUAAUGCCAGAAGCUGAUGAAAAUGGCAACACAAAUUCAAAUCUAAGGCAUUUGCCGCCAUCAAUGGCUGCGGCGAUUGCCGCUGAGAGAAGAGUCAACGAGCAAACAUGAUUUUUGCCUCUCUUCACUCAAAAUGAUGACGUGUUGGUGUUGUGUUACAUUCCAAAGAUGCACCUUUACAUAGCAGAAUAAAUUCAUGGCAGUGUCAAGUGGCAAGAGGUGUUGCAAUUCAAUAGACUUCCAACCGUAGAUUCCUUCUAACCAAUAUUUCAUUUUCUCUCUGUUAGUUAAUUUGUUCUUGUAAAUAUUAGAUAUCUAUGACUUGCCCUUUCUAAUUUAAGUCAUUCUCUGUAAUUAUGUAUAAUAUUAAUAGAUAUUAGUCAUCGUAAUGAGGUCUAAUAAUUCUCUCUCCUCCACCCUCCUUCCAGUUUGAGAUGGGCAAGAUGGGCAUGAUACUCAACCAUAAAAGACUGGAUAUUUAUUAUUAGAUUUUCUCCCCCUAAUGAUUUAUUUGA